GAUCAACAACGAUACAUCAUCUCAACUGCCCCAAUUAUCAUCUCUCAAAUGCUUGGUUCUCAAAAGCUUUCAAUUUUAUUCUUCUCUCUCUAGCGAACAGAGUCCCCUGCUUUCAUUGACGAAAAACAGAGGAGGGGCUUCAGGCAGCCGGCGGUGGGCGUGAUUCAAUCCGAUCAUGACGGCGGCGGCGGGGCUCCGAGAUGGACGGCUACGGCGAAAGACUACUCCGGCGGCAGUCGUGAUAAUCUACGUCUACUGCUUUUUGUUGCCGUUUGGGUCGGCGGAAGGACGGUUGAGGCUGCCAGCUGAAAGGGUAGUCCACGAAAUGGAAGACUACCACUUUCUUACUGAUCUCACCGCCGCCGGUGAUGGGUAUUUUGCCAAUCCGCCGCCGCCGGUGAUUAACUCGUUUUGGCAAUCCGAGCAAAUUGGUGGCUACCAGCACGUCUGGCCGGAGUUCAGAUUGGGGUGGAAGGCAGUGGCGGCGGGCAUAAUCGGGAGCUUGGGAGCGGCGUUUGGGAGCGCCGGCGGGGUGGGCGGCGGUGGCAUCUUCGUUCCUAUGCUGACUCUCGUCGUUGGAUUUGAUCCUAAAUCCGCCGCUGCUAUUUCUAAAUGUAUGAUAAUGGGGGCAGCGAUAUCGACGGUGUACUACAACCUCCGGCACCGGCACCCCACCAUCAGUCACAUUCCGAUCAUCGACUACGACUUGGCCCUUCUUCUCCAGCCAACGCUCAUGCUCGGAAUCAGCUUCGGCGUCGCUUUCAAUGUCAUCUUCGCCGACUGGAUGGUCACCGUUCUUCUCAUCUUCUUGUUCAUUGAUGCUAAUGAAGGGGAUAUCGAGUACAAACCUCUUCGUGGUGACCCUCAAAACGACAUUCAUAAAACAGAGAGUCACGCGAGCACCUGCUCUACAAGCUAUUGGUUGCUCAACUUCUUUCAGAUCCCAGUGGCAGUUGGUGCAUCAGGGUACCAUGCUGUAACCUUGUACAAAGGCCACAGAGUGAUUGCAUCAGCUGGGGAUGAACCUGGUGGCACAAACUUAAAGUUGGGCCAGCUUUUGGGCUACGGGGCCUACGGGAUGCUGGCUGGAAUUGUGGCUGGGCUUCUUGGAGUCGGAGGAGGGUCCAUUAUGGGCCCGCUCUUCCUGGAGCUUGGAGUUCCUCCUCAGGUUGCAACUGCAACUGCCACAUUUGCAAUGCUCUUCUCUUCAUCCAUGUCUGUUGUGGAGUACUACCUCCUAGAUCGUUUCCCGGUCCCCUAUGCUCUCUACUUGACGGUCGUGGCCACGAUGGCUGCUUAUGUAGGACAGCAUGUGUUGAGAUGGGUGGUUAGUCUUCUCGGGAGGGCAUCCAUCAUCAUCUUUAUUCUAGCAGCCAUUGUAUUCGGCAGUGCUAUCACACUAGUCGUGUUUGUCUCGGCGGACAGACGUUUCAGAUUGGAAGAGACGGAAGAGCAGAAUCCUGUCUCUGGGUUUCUCGUUAAGGCGUCGGAUUUCUUUUGGGAAAAUGGUCGAACAGGUUAUCAGCGCGUCUGGCCGGAACUGGAAUUUGGAUGGCAAAUAGUGCUGGGUACAACUGUCGGAUUCUUGGGAGCAGCAUUUGGGAGUGUGGGUGGCGUUGGUGGAGGUGGCAUUUUCGUUCCUAUGCUUAGCCUGAUUGUUGGGUUUGAUCCCAAAUCGUCAACUGCAAUCUCUAAAUGUAUGAUAAUGGGUGCGGCUGCAUCAACUGUGUACUAUAAUCUUAGACUACGACAUCCUACGCUUGACAUGCCAAUCAUUGACUACGAUUUAGCUCUACUCAUCCAGCCCAUGCUUAUGCUAGGAAUUAGUAUUGGUGUGACUUUUAAUGUCAUCUUCGCCGACUGGAUGGUUACUGUCCUGCUUAUUGUUCUGUUUGUAGUCACAUCAUCGAAAGCAUUCUUGAAGGGCGUCGAAACAUGGAAAAAGGAGACAAUGAUGAAGAAGGAGGCUGCUAGGCGUCUUGAGUCAACCGGUAAUGGUGCUGGGGAUAAUGCAUACAGGCCUCUUCCGAGUGGCCCUCAGAAUGUUUGUUGGAAGGAACUUGGGCUUCUUGUAUUUGUUUGGGUUGCAUUCCUAAUAUUGCAGAUUGCAAAGAAUGGUAUGGCUACUUGCUCUGCAAACUACUGGGUAUUGAACCUGUUGCAGAUCCCAGUGUCACUUGGUGUCUCAGGCUAUGAGGCUUUCAGUCUCUACAAAGGACACAGGAUGAUUGCAUCCAAGGGAGACCAAGGCACAAACUUGCAAGUUCACCAGCUUGUGACUUACUGUGCCUGCGGUAUCUUGGCUGGAGUCGUAGGUGGGCUUCUUGGACUAGGAGGUGGAUUCAUAAUGGGCCCACUGUUUUUGGAGCUAGGGAUACCUCCUCAGGUUUCAAGUGCAACUGCAACAUUUGCAAUGACUUUCUCCUCAUCAAUGUCUGUUGUAGAAUACUACCUCCUCAAUCGUUUUCCUGUUCCAUAUGCUGUCUACUUCUUUGCCGUAGCAACGGUUGCUGCAAUUGUGGGGCAGCACGUCGUGAAAAAAUUGAUCAUCGUACUAGGAAGGUCGUCUCUGAUCAUCUUCAUUCUAGCAUUCACCAUAUUCGUCAGUGCAAUCUCUCUAGGUGGUGUUGGCAUAUCCAACAUGAUCGGGAAAAUUGAACGACAAGAGUACAUGGGAUUUGAGAACCUAUGCAAACAUGACGCUUAAAUCAACCUUGUAAAGUGUUAAAAACUUGUACUAUUGUAGAGUCAUUUGUGCCAAUUCUUGUUGGGUUUGCCCUUCUAUGUAUUUGUAAAUUCAGUAUUAGACCACAAUGGCCAAAUUGUAAUUGAUUCAUGGCCAGUUCAGUUCUUUGUCCUUCUAUUCAAUUGCAUGUAUCCAGUUUUGU